UUUGGACAAAAACACCUCAAGAUGAAAAAGCUUAAAUCAACUCAUCCCUAUCAUUAGCUUGGUUGGGAGUGUUGUGAGGAUUGGUUCCUCCAUAAACAACAAACAAACAACAUUAGUUGUUCUUCUUAGUUAGGUACCCAAAAACAAAAAAUCAACCCUAACAUUCUCUUUCUUUUUCUUUUUUCCCCUAAACACUUUAUUAUUAUUCUCUUUCACUCCCUAUAAUACAUAUAUAUAAAUACCCAAAAAAAAAAAAAAAAACAGCAGCCGACUACGGUCGUCCUCGUCCCACACCCAGAAAUCUCUCCUACCCAAUCUCCUGGUGAGUAUCGGAGACUCUUAGACCAGUCCUCCGUCGCCGUCAACCUGAAAAGUUCAUCUCUUUAUCGGAGGAACCGAUGAUUCUUCCCUCAAAACUAGUUUUUUACUGCUAGGGUUUCUCUACUCGUUCAGAUCUCCGAACAAUCACAACCUCAGACCAUCGAUUUCGUUCUAAAGGUCCUUGAUUUCAUCUGGGUUUUUCUUAAUUAGAGACUCAAGCUCACUCUGUUAGGUUUCCUGAAGAAAAAGGGAUACCGAAGGGUUGAGCUUGAGAGCUGAAAGUGUUGGCUUUGGGUGUGGGUUUUUGAGGAAUUUGGUUAUGAAGUGAAAAUUAGGGUUCUUUUGUUAUUUGGGGGUUUUGAGGAAAUGAAUGUGAGCCAUGCUUCGGUUCACCCAGUGGAAGAUGCUCCAACUACAGAAGGUGGUAAUGCUCCGAGGGUGAGGAUGAAGGACUUACAGGGCAUGCCUGGGACCCCAGUUGGGCUUGCUUUGCGUGUUAGCCAAUUCGUUUUUGCAGCUGCUGCUCUUGUUGUCAUGGCCUCCACUAGUGACUUUCCUUCUGUCACUGCCUUUUGCUAUCUUGUUGCGGCUGCUGGUUUGCAGUGUGUGUGGAGCCUUUCAUUGGCCAUCGUUGACAUGUAUGCUCUUUUAGUGAGACGCUCUUUACAGAAUCAUCGGGUUGUGAGCUUUUUCACUGUUGGUGAUGGGAUGACUUCAACUCUUACAUUCGCUGCAGCAUGUGCUUCUGCUGGUAUCACAGUUCUGAUCGACAACGAUCUUGGUAGCUGCGCACACAACCACUGUGCACAGUUCGAAACUGCUACAGCCAUGGCUUUUAUAACUUGGUUCACAUCAUUACCAUCUUUCCUUCUAAACUUCUGGUCACUAGCAUCUCGGUGAGUGUACUACAAGAAUGAGAAAACUUGAAUGAAAUAUAAGAACGAAGAGCAGCUUCGGUUUGAAAAUGCUAUUUUUCUUCUUUUUCGUCGCUGUGUCCUUGUGUGACAUGUUACCAAAAUGCCCUUGAAUGAAAAAAAAAAAGUUGGUUGUAAUUUUGUGUAUAGUUUGUGUGAGUCAGUCUGUUUCAACAAUACAAAAGAUUUCAAGUGGUGGUGAGAUAUAAUGGGUGGUUAACAUACAUACCCUCUCAACCUGAAUAUUGAAUAUAUUGGACAUUUUUGACAUAGUAUCAGAUAUAUUUGUAUGCAUAUAGGUGGUUUUUGAUGAUGUUGUUGUUUAUGCAAAUAGGUUUUGAGUGACA